UGUUGAGGCUUAUUUCCGCCUCUGCUAGAAAUGAGAAGUGCUGGAGGAGAGGAGGAGGGCACAAAGGCUGCGCCGACAUGUCCCAUCACUGCUUGCUCACAGCAGAAAACCCUUCCACCUGCCAGGAGCUAUCACUAGACAAGGCAACACUGGAUGUUUUUUGACCCUGAAAAUGAACUUUAGGAGGAUUUUCCUAGUCAAGUGCUUGCUGCUUUUAUUUCCCAGUGUAAAAUGCUCCAGCACCAGCUGGAUUUACAAGGCAGUGAAUGAGACAGCUCUUCUCAGCAUCACUGCUCCUGGGAGCAUCUACGAGGCGACAUGGAGGAGAGGGGGACAAAGGCUGGUUCAGAUCAAAGACAACAAAGCCAAGCACUUUGUGAACAAGGAGCAGUGCAGGUGUGCCAUACUGCAAAACGGGACUCUGCAAAUCCAGCACGUGGAGAGAGAGGACAGCGGGAACUACACGGUGAUGGUUUAUCAGCGGGAUGGAAAGCUGAAGGCAGAAGAAAAUGUAAUGUUCUUUGUUCAGGAACCUGUCCCUCAGCCAAUCCUCAUGGCUGAAUGCAGGAAUAAAAGUGUGUCUGUCAAGUGUGAAGCCAGACAGAAGGCCAAGAGUGAAGCAAAAGAGAAGACCAAGAAUGAAGCAAAAGACAAGCCUGAGGCUGAAGCAUUUAUAAUGGAACUGACUCAACCCAACAGCAAAAAAAUCCAAAAGAACACAACAGUGCUGGAAUGGCACGGGUGGAAUUCUGGGACGUUCCGAUGCAUUGCUAAGAACCAAGUCAGUGAAAAAAUGGCUGAAAAAGUAAUUAACUGCUCAGGCAAGAUGGACUUCUAUCUCAUCUUAAGCAUAGCAGGAGGUGCAGUCUUCUUUGUCAUCUUUGUGAUUUGUCUUAUUUAUUGUAUCAGAAGGAGGAAAAUGAAAAGGAAUGAAGUUUAUGAGGAGGAGCGAGCGAUGCAGAGCCUGCCCCUGGAGCGUGAGAGGGGGCUGCGGGAGCUGCCCCAGGCUCCAUCCCAGCCCACCCCGAAGCAGCUGCGGGUGCAGCAGCGGCCGCUGCCCCCGCAGCCCCAGGAGCCGCCGCGGCCCCAGCCCCGGCCCCGCGCCCAGCCACGGACUCCCAACCCCCCGAGACAAAGGCCCUGAGCAGGCAGCCUGGCAGGAGGGAUGCUGGACUCUCUGCUCCACCACUCACUGGGAAAAGAAAGGUCGUGCCAGCCAGGAGCCCCUCCUGCCCAGCCCUGCGUAACGCUCAGCUACGAAAAGGCGGCUUGCCUUGCAGAAAAUCAGAGAGAGCAUCAAGUGGAGAUGAGGAGACUCAAGGUGAUGGGCAUUCAUCCCUGUGGCCAUUUUUCCAUCAUAUUAGGAUCACUCAGCCCUGAAACCUGCAUCUUUCUGUGGUUCACUUGCUUUUACUGCGCCUUGUUGUCUUCGAGCUUUUUGGAUGGUUUUCACCAAGAAGAAGCUAAAGCUCUACUUGGACAAAAUGGACCUAUGAAUCUUACAGGGUUUCAUCUCCUGCCACACAUUAGGACAGCUCUUUGGCUUCAGCAUCAAAUAUGUGGCCUCCUGUACUAAAAAAAAUGGUUGUAUGUAAUUAAAUAUUUGUCUGAAGUUGAAAGGAUUUGUGUUGUAUAAUGCAGAGAAGAAAAUAUUGAAGGGACGUGUGAGAACCUUGAAGGACCUGUGUGGGAAAAACACGAAUGGGAAAGGGAGAACUUCCCCCUUUUCUCCCUUUCCCUUUCUUCACUGUGUUUAGAAAGGAACUGUAGGCUUGAAUUGCAGCAGGGGAGGGUUAGGUCAGUAUUUUAUUUUUCUUUUUAAUGAAACACUGAGAGAGAUUUCUGGGAGAGGUGUUCUCCAGCACUGGGCUUUCAAAGGGUGGAUGAGACAACAUUCUGUGAAACCUUUUUGCCCUGACAAGGGCCAGGAGAAUGUGCUACACAGCCUCUUCAGGGACAGCUUCAACUGAGUUUUCUGUGACUUUUAGGCAAAUAAAACAGACCUUUAUUCUCAGCAAAAAUCUGUGGGGCUAUCCAGACAAUUUUUUUUUUUCUUAGAAGAGGUCUGGUCUCCUUUGGCUUGUGAAACAAAGCAUUAUAGACUGCCAGCCAGCAGGAUUACUGGUGGCACUGUCUGAAUUGUCAGGGUUCACUUCCCAAAGCCUCCUGCUGAGGGCGAGGGACUGUUUUUCUUGAUUUUGCUGGUAACACCUCAGGUAUAACCAGGGCAUGAUAGAGAGCUGCUGGGAGAUCUGCAUCCCCAAGGCAGAAGCUGGACUGCAAUAAAUGCAGUACUGCAUUGCCUUCCACAUGCUGGACACUGCUUGUGGAGCCUUGGGGGUGUCCAUAGCUGCCUCUACAGGACAGCUGAGGAGCUGGGGGCACAGGCCUCUUUUAGAGCAGUGUCUGCAUGGGUACACUGACCCAUCUGGGGUAAAAAGCAAGGCAGGUAAAGGAAGAGAGAGCUACCAGAGCCACAGAGCACAAGACAUCCAGCCAGCUAGCUGGUUUGUCAGGCAGAAGAGCACCCAGUACCUCUUUCAGGCUGGCCUAUCCCACAUGUGCCAGGGGAGAUCAAACAGCCAUGCUUUGUUUCUCCUGAGAAAUAUGAAUAUUUUUAUCUGCUGGUGUAAGGGCAAGGAGGCAACUUGUCAGGAAAAGGAAGCCUCUGCCUCCUCCAGAGCUCAGUCACUUCACUUAAACUCUGACAGAGGGAACAGCCCUGGGAGUGCCACUUGCUCUCUUGCCUUAGUUUUCUGCAGCUUUUGGACAGAUUUCUGGGCUUUUGCUAUUUAAAAUUGAAUUUGGUAAAUGUUUCAUGGUUUAUUUUGUAACACACCAUAUGCUAUAUCCCUGUACUCAAUAAAUAAAGAGAAGACUG